AUGGAUAAAGAUUCAAUAAUGGACUCAGAAGACCGAAUAGAAAGGACUGUUGAUAUCUACGUCAGUGCAGAGACUGUAAGAGACAUGAAACAUAAGAAAAAGACAGAAGACUUCAACACAGAAGAACCCCGAACACCUCGACACACAGAAGACUUCAACACAGAAGAACCCCGAACACCUCGACACACAGGAAGUGAUGGUGUGACGAUCUCCAGAGCAGCUGGUGUGUGUUUGGGGCUGAUGUGUGUUCUUCUGAUGACUGCAGUCAUAGUGCUGUGUUUCAUCUUCAUUCAAGAGAGACAACUGACUAAGUUCACCAACAUCACAGAAGAGAGAGACCAGCUACUAACUAAGAUCACCAACAUCACUCAAGAGAGAGACCAGCUACUAACUAAGAUCACCAACAUCACUCAAGAGAGAGGCCAGCUACUAACCAACAAUACGAACCUCACAGAAGAGAGACAACAGCUACUAACUAAGAUCACCAACCUCACUCAAGAGAGAGAACAGCUGCUAACCAACAAUAGGAGCCUCACAGAAGAGAGAGAGCAGUUGAAAUCAGAAAGAAAUGAUCUUCAGAAGUUUGUGGGUAAGUUUCUUUAG